GUUACGGUUGCUGGUGGCAAAUGGACGACGUAUCGGGCAAUGGCGGAAGAUACUAUUACGAAGGCUGUCGAAGAAUGUAACUUGAAACCAAUCAGUGCUUCAAGGACGGCUGGUCUUCUGCUUGAAGGAGCCCACUUCUGGACUCCUACGCUUUUUAUCCGCCUUGUCCAGGAUUUCGGCCUCGAAACGGAGGUUGCACAACAUCUCUCCAACACCUAUGGUGACAGAGCGCUUUCAGUCGCUAAAAUGGCGUCAUUGACUGGAAAAAGAUGGCCUGUUGUCGGUCGUCGUAUUCACGAAGAUUUCCCGUACAUUGACGCGGAGGUUUGU